CGGUCAAUCAAUCAAUCGACCAGGCCGGGCCGUACGUGCAAACGUACGAUGGCAACCUCGCCGGCAGCUUCCAGGAUCAGGCCGUCGCACGGCGAACCGUCCCCGCCGCUGAACCAAGAGCUGAUCGUCGACGAGAUCCUCACGCGCCUGCCGGUGGCCGCAGCCGUGCGCUGCAGAUCUGUCUGCCGGGCGUGGAACGCGGCCCUCGCCUCCGGCCACUUCGUCGCCGCGCACGCCGCCCGAGCAGCCGCCGCGCGCCACCCCGAGAUCGUCUUCUUCUCGCCGACAGAGAAGGGCGUCGCCACGUCCUUCUACGCUUGCUCGCUUCCCGAGGACGGAGACGCGCCGCCCGCCGCCGCUGCCCGCAAGCUGCUCAGCGUGGGCAACCUCGCCGGCGAGCACCUGGUACUGACCGGCAAGCCGUGCCGCGGCCUGACGCUCGUCUUCGACGUCCGGUUGUCCGAGUACCACGUCUUGAACCUGUCCACCGGCGAGCAUGUAUCCCUGCCGCCCUGCGAGACGGCGGAGGAGAUAGCACCGGUGGUUCCGAAGCUGAUGCUGCUCAAACGGUUUCCUCUGGAGCUCUCCAGCACCGGCCUCGGCUUCGACCCGGCCACCGGUCAACACAAGGUGGUCAGGCUCUUCAGGAACAUCUUCGGCCAGCAGAAGUGCGAGGUGUGCUCGCUUACGGCGUCCGGCGAGUGGCGGUGGCGGCGCUGCGCCGGGGGCAACGCGCCCCCAAGAUUUGCGUGCUACGUCGACGGCAGGCCUCCCGUGGCCCUCGACGGAUCCCUCUACUGGCUGCUGCACCGGCGAGGCUGCGCCGACGACGGCAGCGCCAGCUGGGACCCGCAGCAGGACGCGCCCAUCCUGUCGCUCUCCGUCGGCGCCGAGCGGUUCGGGUGGGUGCGCACGCCGCCGCGGCUGGCGUCACGAAUCCGGCACCUCACCAACCUCGACGGCUCCCUCUGCGCCGUCGUCCACGACAGGCUCGUCGACGACGUGCUACUGCUCGUCACGUGGAGUCCGUCGUCGCCAUCGUGGUCUGCGCGCUGCCGCAUCGACGUGGGCAGCCUGCCCCGGCCGAUCCGGGACGAGCUGAGCGGGGAGCGGGAGAUCGUCCCGCUGUGCAGUGUGAAGAAGAAGAUCCUGCUGGCGACGAGCAGGCACAAGGUGUACGCCUACGACACGGAGCAAGGCGCCGCCGAGGAGGUGUUCGACAUGAACCGCUUUGUCGACGUGCCGCCGCACAACAGCGAGUCACGGCUGUUCGUCAACAUUGGCCUCCACGAGGAAGACAUCGGCCCGAAGUUGGCGGGUGAUAAGUGGCUACAGGUGAAGCGGGGACGAGACAUGGUGAUCGGCAAGCGGGAGGCGGCGUCGUCGGCGUACCAGCUGGAACAUCGGGACCACGACGAGGGAUUUCACAGGACGAGGGAGGUGAUCAUGCAGCUUGCAUUUCCAACUUAGGGUCUAACUACCAUCAAACUUGUUAUUGAGACGAUGUAAAUUUGAAGAUGUAAAACUAGAAGACGUAUAAUUUACAUCUUUAAAAUAUACAUUUUACAUUUUCAAGAAAGAGGCAAUUCCAACAGAUGAUAUAUAUUGGAGAUGCAAAAGAGCAACUCCAACAGACGAUGCAAAUUGGAGAUGUAAAACCUGCCGCCGGCAGCGGCGCUGUACAGCCCCACAAAUUGAAAUAAAAGCAUCCCAAAAACAACUUAUUUUUUUACAUGCCAAUAAUAUCAAAUUAUUACGUAAUUCAUGAAAUCCACAACAUCGAAUGCAACACAAAUAAAACAAAGUUCUUGCACAAUACAACAAACAAAUAAUGAAACUAUGCGGCUCUUUCACAAUGCCAUUUCCAGUACUCCUCCAUCAAAUCCUUUUGAAGUUGAUCGUGUGAAUUGGAGUCUCUAAUUUGGUUGUACACCUUCAUGAAAUGUCUGAUUCGCUCCUCUUUUCUCAUCAGCAUAACGCGUAUGCCCCUGGUUUGCAUGGUUUUUACUUUGGGGUAAUUUCCUCAAAAACCUUGCGUGCAAGGUGGAAGAAAUCGGCCGGCGGUGGGUUGGGCAGCCAUUCGGCUGCAGCUUGUGCGAGCGACGGCUGUAGAACACCUACGAACGGUCACCACCCUGCAAAGAACACGGCGGCAGCUCCGCGCGUAGGCGGGUGGCGUCGCGCGACGUGAAGAACGGCGGAGGCGGGCAGCCGCGUGCAGGCGGCGUGCGUGUCUCCCCUAGCUCCGGCGGUGGGUCGAGGCUAGCGAAAAGCCGACCGCGUCGUCCACGCCAUUACAGCAGCCGAACAUCCGACGAAUCUUCGAUUCGAAGCGGCGGCCGAAAUCAAAUCUGCAGCUGCGGGGGACAGUCGUCGCU